AUGAACAGCGGAGAAACAGAGAAUAACCAGGUGGUCCUUAUCCCGAAGAGGACCCUGUGGCAGCAAUUCACAAAACUCUGCACGUCCUUCAUUCCCUCCUUUAUCCUCAGGCUCUUUGGAAUGAAGUCAAAAGAAAUCCAGAGCGCAUGGAGAGAGAAAGUAGCCCUGUGCUGGCUGAUAAUGUUUGCCUGUCUCUUCCUGGCCUUUAUCACCUACGGACUCACAAUGAUUGUGUGCAUCCCGAAGUUAGUCUACACAAUGGAAAAAAUGAGCGAAAUAAGCGAGUACCCGUGGGUUGCAGCGCGAGGCAGGAUUUUAAAGCUAGACCCAAGCGACAGACUGUCCGAGCACUCUGAGUCCAUUGUCUCUUCCAUGUUCAAGGUAGAUGCGCCCUCCUGUCUCAGCGCCUUUCCCGAGCACAAGAUCAGAACAACAGGGUCACUAGAUAUGAGCAACUACGAAGAGAUAGGGCCAGUGCACUACACGUGGUCUUCUAUACUGAAGAAUAAGCUUGUGGUCAUAGGAUCAGGGGUGUACAGCGUAGAGAACGUAGAUCUGCCUGCGAAGCUGGAGCAUCUUGCGAGCUCAAUCGAUGCCACGAGGGCAAGCGAGUCUCUCAGCCCCACAGAGCUAAAGUGCUUCAAAGAGAUGUGCUACGCAGGAGAGCUUGCGCUGCAGUCCACGGGGUGCCAGAUAACGUACACAUUUCUUUAUCUCUCCUGUGCAGCAAUACUUGGCCUGGUGCUGAUACGCUUCUUCCUCGCUGUCGCGUACUCAGUGAUCAUGAAGGUGAAGACAUGGCAGCUUGUGAGGAGCACGACAGAUGUCAUUCCUGUGGUGCUGAUGACCACAUGCUACUCCGAGGGAAGAGAGGGGCUCAAGUCGACUCUAGACAGCCUGUGCAUACAGGAGUACGAUAAAAAGCUCAUCAUCGUUGUGGCUGAUGGCUUUAUAACAGGCGCAGGCAAUGACGCAUCCACACCAGAGAUACUCAAGUCGCUCAUUACGCCAAAAGCGAAUAACCCAACAGCAGGCAUGGAGACCGUAGCGAAGCAGUACGUAUCCAUAGCGGCAGGUGCUGCAAAGCUCAAUCACGCAGAGGUGCACCCGGGCACGUACACAGUUGAAACGAAGAACGGGGUGGUGACAACAGAUAUUAUACUGAUACUAAAAACAGAGAACAGAGGAAAAAGAGACAGCCAGAUGAUCAUUAUGAGCUUCUUCCACCACAUCCUCUACAGCACGCGAAUGACGCAGCUGGACAUGGACCUGUACAAGAAGAUAAAGCACCUCACAGGGAUGGCACCGAGCUCUUUUGAGGCUAUUCUCAUGGUAGAUGCAGACACAACGGUGCAGCAGGGGGCAGUGAGGAUAAUGUCGCGAACAAUGCACAGCGAUGAGUCUAUCAUGGGGAUAUGCGGAGAGACGCUUAUUUCGAACAAGUUUGGGUCCUGGGUUACAGCCAUACAGGUAUUUGAGUACUACGUGAGCCACCACUUGGCCAAGGGCUUUGAAAGCGUCUUUGGGAAUGUGACGUGUCUCCCUGGGUGCUUCUGCAUGUACAGGAUAAAGCUUGAAAGGAAGAACGGGUGCACACCCAUCCUUGUGUCUCCCACUGUCCUGCACGCAUACGGAAGCGAUGAAACAAAAACUCUGCACGAAAAGAAUCUUUUGCUUCUCGGAGAGGACAGGUAUUUAACCACGCUGCUGCUCAAGAACUAUCCAAAAAAGAAGCUGGUUUUUGUCCCAAGUGCUUUGUGCGAUACGAUAGUUCCCGAUAAGUUCUCUGUUCUUCUCAGCCAGCGAAGAAGGUGGAUUAACUCCACGAUCCACAAUCUCUUUGAGCUCCUGCGGGUGGACCUGUGCGGCACUUUCUUCUGUUCGAUGCAGUACGUGGUUGUUCUGGAGCUGUUUGGGACUCUUGUGCUUCCUGCCGCUGUUUUGUUCACGGGAGUGCUGAUUGUUUCCUCCAUUGUGUGGGUCCCUGUGUGGAUUCCUCUCUUCCUUCUUUUUGCGAUCCUUGGGCUUCCUUCUGGGCUGAUAUUCUUCACAAACUUCAAUCUUUUCUACUUUUUCUGGCUUGUGGUCUAUCUCAUCUCCAUCCCAAUAUGGAACUUUGUCCUUCCCGUCUAUGCGUUCUGGCACUUUGACGACUUCUCGUGGGGGGAGACGAGGCAGAUCAGCGGAGGAGCGCCGAAGGAGGGGCACGGACAGGGAGGAGCCACUGAAGAGCUCGAUUCUAGCAUGAAGGCUGUUUUUGUGAACUUUGAGGACAUAGAGCCAUAG